AUGGACUCUGUAAGCUGGGGCAAGGAAUUUCAGAGACUGGCCAGAGGCUGGGACCAGCUGGGAGCUGGGCAAAAUUUAGGGGGCAGCUAUGAUUAUCAUCACCCCCACUUCAUAAAUGAAAAACAAAAGAGCCACACCCAAGAUAUGCUUUCCUUUAUCAACCAAAACGGGCCGUUUACAGAAGGCAUCUUCGGAAAAUCAGGCAAAAUACAAUCAUGCCGAGCCCUAAAGAAGAAACUAAACUCUGGGGACAAAGUGAACUUGGAUGAUGAGUCCAUUCUUGUGGUAGCAUCCACCUUAAAGGAUUUUCUUCGAAAUAUUCCAGGAGGCAUAUUUUCAGCCACUCUCUAUGAUAAAUGGCUUGAUGUUAUUGAUCAAGGGAAUGAGGAGGAGAAAAUAACUGCGACCCAGAGGCUGCUAGACCAGCUGCCAAGAGCCAAUGUAGUUUUUCUGCGAUACCUUUUUGGAGUGUUACACAACAUUGAGCAACAUUCCUCAUCCAAUCAGAUGACAGCUUAUAAUUUAUCAGUGUGUAUCACCCCAAGCAUUCUUGGUCUGCUUAAUUCUGGCAGCACAGCAUUCGAAAACUUCACCAAGAAGAUUUCUUUCAUACAAUUUCUCAUUGAAAACUGUCUCAAGAUAUUUGGAGAAGAUAUCACGUCUCUCUUUGGACCGAAGUCAGUGAGUUGUGAUAACAGUCAUAUCACUGACGUCACUGAUAACAGUGAGAAGGUUGCAGUGACAACAGAACAACCUCUUGAAUCCAAGCCAGUGAGAGUGACAGUGAUUUACAGAAAGGCACAACUGCAGUAUAAUGCCAUGACCUCAUCAAGGAUGGGUCCAUCCACUGACCUGUCUACAGUUUUCUAAGUUCCUGAAGAUUACAGUGCCCAUAAG